GCUGCUGCGGGCUCGACUAUAAGAACUCCUGCAGCUGCCCGGUUCUUCUUGUAGUCCUCCAUCGUCAUAUCAAUCCCACAACAACAUUCAAAAUGCAUUUCUCCACCAUCGCUGCUACUCUCGCGCUCUCGGCCGCACCCGCCCUCGCUCAUUUCACCCUCACUUUCCCCGAAUCCCGCGGUGCGAACCACGAAACACAGACCUCCAGCCCCUGCGGAGGAAAGAACAGUGUAGUCCUUCCUCGCUCAAGCUUAGACCCUGGCAGUGUCUCAAUCGCUACUACCUCUUCGCACGCUGCUUCAGGCUAUGAGGUCAACUUCUGCGUUGGCAACGACUGUGUUGACGCUGACAGCUUCAACUACACUAUCGUCGACCCCCUGUUGAUCAAUGGCUCUGGCAAUUUCUGCCUUCCCUCGAUUGACUUCGAGGGUGACUUCUGGGACGGAGACAGCCUAAACGGUACCAUCCAGGUCAUCUACCUCUCCGACGACGGUGAACUCUACAACUGCGCCGAUGUCACUCUUACCCUCUCCGGUGACAGCUCGUCCUCCCUUUGCGUCAACGCGACUGGAAUCUCCACCGACGCCUGGCUAGGCUCGCUCGCUGCGUCUGAGGAGGCUGCCGGCAUCGAGACCGAUGAUGAUUCGUCUUCUUCUUCAGCCUCCGCCUCGGGCCACCACUCCUCCACCGCUACCUCUGCUGCUGCCUCCUCCACUGCUUCAGGCUCCUCCAACUCAACCGCCUCCUCAACCGCUGCUGCCUCCUCCUCCGCCGUCGCUACCUCAUCUGCCGCUGCCUCUUCCAGCACUGCGGGUGCUGCUGGAAACGCUCUCCCUACCACUGGAAUCUUGGGUGCCGUCGUUGCCGUUCUUGGAUACCUCGCCAUGUAAUUUACUUAAUAUCUUAGAGAGCAUUGUUAGAUUACACAUAAUAAUUUCUAAUGUAAAAAUAUGAAUCAUCCUUUUUUUGACAAAAA